AGACGUUAAGGAAUACUCAAUGCUGACGCCACUCCUCGGUUAUUUGGGCGGACACCGUUCUGCUUGUUUUGAACAUGUUGACACAACACGGCCCUCUGCCAUGGCAGCACUGGCGAGAACGCGUUUCCCAACUCUCCUUGCGCGGUCAGUGCAGCGGUUGCGCCUGCGCAGCAGAGCCGGACUGGCCUUGCGCUUUGGGAGGGUUGGAAGAUGGAAGAUGAGGAGGUUGCGGAAAGCUGGGAGGAGGCAGCCGAUAGCGGGAAAGCUAAGAUCGCCACUGAGGACCCCCAUUGUGAUUCAGGACGAUUCUCUUCCUGCUGCUCCUCCUCCACAAAUUCGAAUUCUUAAGAGACCAUCGCACAACGGGUCAUUGGGUACCUCUAGUCCUGCCCAGCGCCCCGUGGCUCCUGUCAAAACCUUGGCUCAGAGGGAAGCUGAAUAUGCAGAGGCUCGCCGUCGAAUCCUUGGCAGUGCAAGUCCUGAAGAGGAGCCAGAUAAGCCCAUAGUGGCAGACAGGCCAGUUCGUGUUGGCAUUCACACAGACGACAUCAGGCCACCCAAUAAUGUAAUCAGGCAGCCGACGGGCCCUGAUGGCACACAGGGAUUCCGGCAGCGAAGAUAGAGUUUUGGGGUGGGCAUAUGCACCCCUGGAUUUGAAGAACUUUUUGGCCUGGAGGAAGAGGAGGUGGGCCGGAGAGGAAAAGGGGGGUACCCCACUUCUUCCUCCACCCUCAGAAUCACGGGGGUGGAGUUGGGCAGAGGGUAGGGGGAGCCUGUACCGGCCCAAGCACCUUGAUGACGCAGCAGCCGCCUCUUCGCUACUCCACUCACUGUGACCUUCACCCCCCCCUUCCCUCUUGCACUGUGCCGCCACUGAUUCCCUCUCUGCACCUGGCACACUGUGACUGGCACACUAAUGUAACUAUGUGCAUUGCCGCCGGUGAGAGGAAUGACUUGGGUUUGUGAACCAGAGAACAAGAAGCAGGUGCCAGCUUUUCCCAGCAAUAAUAAUGAUCACCACCUCAAUGUCCAUUAAUAUCAUACUGUAUGUUCCCCAUUCGUGUGAGCAGGUGUCCGUCCUGUUCAGUCUGUAUCAGUAUCUGUUAGUUCCUGUUAUCAGUAACAUUUCUUUUAAUUUUUAUUUUUCAUUCUUCUAUUAAUGUAAUGUUGCAUUUUUAAAAUAGGAAACAAAUGGUAAAUAUGGUGUUUUGUAAAUAUGUGAAGACCAUUAAUGAGUAGAGGUACUCAGAUGACAAAGAGCUUAGUGCAGAUCGAAGGAAAUCCUGCAUCAUUGCUCUUUAGGUAUGUACUGCCACAAAGUCCUUCUUUUGUGAGUUUUUUUUCCUCUCCCU